AUGAUCAAUGACGAAGCUAAUUAUAAUGAAGAAGCUGGUGAUUUUUUGGAAGGUCAUGAAGAAGAAGAUGGUGACAAUAAGUUUCAAUUGGCCGUUGAAUUAACUCCAUUUAAUAACAAAGUUGGUGGUCAUACUGCUAUUUUUAGAUUUUCUCAUAGAGCUGUUUGUAAAGCAUUAGUCAACAGAGAAAAUGCUUGGUAUGAAACAAUUGAACAAAACCAUGAAGAUAUUUUACAAUUCAUGCCCCGUUAUAUUGGUGUUUUAAACGUUAGAUAUACAACCCUGGUUGAUGAAACUCCAAAUUCUACAAAAUUAAGACCGACAAGCUCGUAUAAUGAGGAGUUACCACCAGAAGUUGUCUUAGAUGAUAAUAGACAUAUAAUACCUGAGUCACUUUGGGAUCAUUACUCAAGUUCAGCACCAUCGCCAGCAUCGUCAUUCUCAUAUCUAUCUGAUCCAGCAGGCGGAUCUCCUCUGCAAUCUCCUCAUCAUCAUCCACAUUCGUCUUCUGCAAAUCAACAUCAACAAUCUCCAAUUCCAACCUCUUUAGGUUCAACUACUGUUAAUAGAAAACUACAAGAAUUGGUUUUACAAGAAGUUUUCGCUCCAAUUCGUUCCAAAAGAAAUCAUAGAAGCUUGAGACACUCUUCAAGUCUGACAUCUCCAAAAUUGAUUGCACAGAGAAUGAAUUCAACAGGGAAUGUUCGUUCGUCACCUCCAAAACGCAAGAAAUUCCAAAGAAUUGAAAGAUUUAUCCUUUUAGAAGAUUUAACUUCAGGAAUGAGAAAACCUUGUGUUUUAGAUUUGAAAAUGGGUACCAGACAAUAUGGUGUUGAAGCUACAUUGAAAAAGAAGAAAUCACAAAGAAAGAAAUGUUUCAGUACAACUUCUCGUCAAUUAGGUGUUAGAAUUUGUGGUAUGCAAAGUUGGGAUAAUUCAAAAUCGAAAUUCAUCUCAAGAGAUAAAUAUUUUGGUAGAAGAGUUAAAUCAGGUUUUGAAUUUGCAUCUUGUAUUUUGAGGUAUCUAUAUGAUGGUGAUUCAAUUUACAGUAUUUUAAUCAAAAUCCCUUCGUUAAUGGAACAAAUCAAUGAAUUGGAAAAAGCUGUUACAAAGCUAGUUGGUUAUAGAUUAUACGGUUCUUCGUUGCUAUUGAUGUAUGAUGGUGAAGAUAUCGCCAAUAUCAAGAUUCACAUCAUUGAUUUUGCUCAAUGUAUCACACUUGAUAACCAAAUGAUUGUUGGUACAACUACAUUCCCACCAAGACAUCCAAAUUCACCAGAUAGUGGAUAUUUAAGAGGUUUAAGAUCAGUCAAAUUUUACCUUUCAUUGAUAUUUUUACGUUUAACUGGUUUUGAAUAUAUUUCUCAAGUUGAAGCAAUGGAGAUUAUACAAAAAAAUUUGGGUGAAUACAAACAAAGAAAAACGGAUUGGAUCAAUGGAUUUGAUGAUAAUGAAUAUGAUUUAUGUGGGUUCUAUGAUGAGGAAUUUGGUGAAUUAUUGAAUGAGGUUCCUCAAUUUGCCCUUGAUGAUAUUGGAAAUGUUUCAGAAUAA